AUGCAACAGCAAUUACACAGACUGCUCUUUCAGGCUGGGUACUACGGGGAAGAUGUGGAAUCAAUCGUCUACAAACUUCUAGUGGCUGCUGACUUCAAUGUCGAAGCUGCAGAGCGUGGCAUCAUCUACAUUGAUGAAGUUGAUAAGCUCGCAAAGAAGGUCGGUUGCCAGGAGGAGCGGAGGGAUGUCUCUGGAGAGGGUGUCCAGCAAGCACUCUUAAAGAUGUUUGAAGGAACGGUGAUCAGUGUGCCAAGGAAAAGAAGUCAAAAUGGCCUGUCUCAUGGUUGUGUCGAGGUUGAUACAACAAACAUACUCUUCAUUUGUGGAGGUGCCUUCUCUGACUUGGGAAAGAUUAUCUCAGAAAGACUUCACCGCUGUCCUUUUGGUUUCGGAACACCAAUACGUCAUGAAUUGGGGGACUAUGCUUUGACGAAUGCUCUUGAACAAUCAAGGUUGCUUGAAGAGAUCGAGAAUGAUGAUCUGAUUGCCUAUGGCCUGACACCAGAAUUUAUUGGGAGGUUGCCAAUAAUAGUUGGCUUGACUCAUCUCACUGAAGAUCAACUGGUUCAGGUUCUCAGAGAGCCCAAGAACGCAAUAGGCAAGCAACACAAGAAGUUGUUCAAGAUGAAUGAUGUAAAAUUGCAUAUUACUGAAAACGCUUUGAGGCUAAUAGCAAAGAAAGCAGCUGUGAGGGAAACUGGGGCGAGAGGCCUACGAUCUAUAAUGGAGGGCAUUUUGACAGAAGCAAUGUUUGAGGUGAUCCCCGAUGACGCAGGAGAGGGGAAAGAGAAGAUAAUUGCUGUUCUUGUUGAUGAAGAAUCAGUAGGGACACCGACCCGUCUAGGCUGCGGAGCCAAGAUUUUCCGAGACGAUGGAACCCUAGAACUAUAUGUUUACCAAAACAAUAUCAGGGUGCCUGGGCUGAUUCAGAGGCCAAAAUGCAGUAUCAUUUGCCGGCUGUGCCUUCUGGUAGCUUUUUCAGCAGCUAAGCUAUGGUUUUAUCAUACAUUUGAUUGUUUCUCGUCAAUAUACACGUGGAUUAUAUUGAUCCUGUGUAAGGCAAACAUUUUCACAGGAUGA